CAGGUUACAGACAGGUGUGUGUGAAGGCCAGGCUGGGCAGGUGGGGGGUGCCACCUGUUGAAUGAACGCGGUCAGCAUUGGGGAGUAUCAUGGGCUACGGGUGGGCUCGGCCCUGCUCAGUAUUGUAGCAGGCUGUAUUAUUAUUGGUGUGUCCAAGGAUUGUGAUGCAGAUGCAGUGGGGGGCAUCUUCUUGGGAGCAGGGGGACUUGGUCUCCUCAUUUCAGUCUACCCGUUUAUAAGAGCAUGGUUUAAUUUCCAUCACAUACUACCCAAUAUAGGUAACUUCAGAGUUCACCCAAUGGCUACAAAUUUAAAUCCAGCUGCAGAACAGCCCGUGGCUACACUCACACGAGAAGGGACUCAAAGCCAGCUGAAUGUAGAGCGUUCAAAGAGCCGGAUGGGGACGUUUGUUGAGAUUGCCCCUACAGUAGCUGAGGGCUCACAGGAUGAUGGGCCUUCUACAGAUGUUCCAGAUAUCCUGGGCAGGCGGAAGUUCAAGUCUCCAUCUUCUGACCAAGACCUCUCAUAAUAGUUGGAUCCGACAUAUUGUCAAGAGCAAGCAGUGUUCAUAUCACCAUAAGUGAGACUGAUCUCUGCUUACAGCUCAUUACAGUAUCCAGUCUAAUUCCACUGUCAAAUCUGACAAGGUGUCUGCUAAUAUUAAAACAAUGCAUGAUGAGAGGCACGAAACUACACUGUAAAAACAUCUUUGUGGUGGGAAAUCUAAAAUAUUACUUCAAUUGAUAUCAUCUACUACAUUGGAUUACACCAACAAAAGUGUUUUUCAGAGUUAAAUUGAGUUAAAUGAGUCAUUAUGUUAACAACCGCAUACUACUACAAGUUGCAAACUUAAAGGGGUCAUAUGAUGUUGUUAAAACAUUAUUUUGUGUUAUUUUGUGUAUUUUUUAAAAUGGAAUGUGUUUACGCAGUUUAAGGUUCAAAAAACACAUUAUAUUUCACAAACCGUACAUUACUGUUGUUUGGUUUCUUUAUACAUCGCCAUUCUGAAAUGCGUUCUUUAUGCCCUGCAUUUUCAUUAGAUCUUACCACAAAGUCACGUAGAUAUGUGGGGGCGUGUUUGAAUGAGGUGUUUUAGGAAGGCAUGGUUAAAGCCUUCACUUUUAGAAAGAAUAUCGCUUUGGGUUUGAGACUUUACUCUUUGCCACUUUACUGAUCUUCUAUAUGCACUAACAGCUUUUAAAGACCCUCUAAUCUAAAAAAUGCAUUUUAAAAUGUUUUUCUAUCAGAAAAUGAGUUGCCAGUGUGUGUGUAGAAACAUGCUGUAAUUAUACAAAUCCAUAUAUUCUUCUUUGUGUAAUCUCCUUUAAACCGCAACAGUCACACAAAACAGGCUGUUGGGGAUCCCCUAUCAAUGUGAUGUCACAUUGAUUAUGCCCCAACCAUGACCGUUCACAGACUCCGCCUUAUGAGCGUGUAGUUCAACCUUCUGCCAUAGACACAUAUUUUGAUGUAAUCCAAAGCACAUGUUUAGGCACUCUACCCCGUACUUUGCAUACGGGGAGGGGAACAGAAGCACAAAAACAGUGCUUUUUUCAUUGCAGCCACAAAUGGCCAUGUUCAACAUCGUAUAAUGAAAGAUCUGUUGUACAUUUUGAGCUGAAACUUUACAGACACAUUCUGGGGAUACCAGAGACUAUUUUGUUAUUGCUGAAAACACCUAGGUUAGGGGCCCUUUAACACUCCAAAGACAAGAUCGCAUCAUAUGACCCAUUUUAAAGCUCACUUAAGGCAAACGAAGGAACAAACAUGAACUUUUUCACACUUUGUUCAUUAUGUCGUUUUUAUUUGUUGUCUUUGAAUUGAUUUUUUACAUUUCGGAGCUGCCAUUUCAAAUGCCUUUGUAUUUGAGACCUGGUAUGAUGCAUAAAACUCCAAACUAAUUUGAUUUUAACUUUUAACACAAAGUAAACAUAAUAUUUGUGUUGAUUAACAUGAUUACUGUAUUCUUUCUCUUGCGUUUUCCUUUUUGGAGCUCCAUCUAGAAAAGACUGAGACUGUGUCACGUAAGAACGCGCAGCGUGCACAGAACACAAUCAUUUAACAUCCCACGCAGACCAUCAAUGACACAAUAAGCCU